AGCCAGUGAAAGUAUCACUUUUACAGAUCAGAUCAUUAAUCAGGCAGAGUGUCAUUCAACUGUGUGUGGAGCCCCGUGUGUGUAGAAGGCCAACAUGGCAGCUUUGGUGCUGUUACCUCUAGUUCUGCUAACGAUCACAACUGAAGCAUCCAUGCCACUCAGCUCAAAGAGUUCAAUUGUUGGAGGUCAUGAUGCCAAAGAUGGGCAGUGGCCCUGGAUGGCCUCCCUGAAAAUUUCCUUAAAUAAAACACACGAUUCUUCUUGUGGAGGGUCACUUCUCAAUGACCAAUGGGUGCUGACAGCUGCUCACUGCUUAAAAAGGCGUUUUGAUAAGCCACGGUCUUCAGUGGCAUUGGGUGCAUAUCGCUUGUCCAAGAAGUCUGCACAUGAAAAGAGAUACAAAAUUAAGAAAGUAAUCCUCCACCCUAAGUACAAAGACGUCAGCUCCGGUCAUGACAUUGCUCUGGUGCAACUGAAUGAAAAGGUCAAGAUGUCCAAAUUUAUAAAACCUGUCCAGUUGGCUGCAGGCAAAGACAAAUUGGGAAAACGCUCCAGAUGCGUAGUUACUGGCUGGGGAAGGGUAAAUGAAGGAGUUCAACUGAAAUUUCCAAAAACACUUCAGCAGGUCAGAGUGCCGAUUGUUCCUAAUAAAUCCUGUAAGGGCAGUUAUCCAGAACUUUUACCCCAGAUGCUCUGUGCUGGUUCCAGGGGCAAAGAUUCCUGUCAGGGAGACUCAGGGGGCCCUCUGGUGUGCAAGAGUGGGAAAAAAUGGAUCCAGACUGGAAUUGUGAGCUAUGGGAAGGGUUGCGGCCGUGCACGUUUCCCAGGAGUCUUCACACGUGUGUCCAGCUACAGGGACUUCAUCAAGGAAAACAUCCGUCUCUUCACUCCAGAAUAUUAAAAAACUUCUACUGCUACUUUUCAUAUUUGUACUCUCAGCCUUUUGUCUCCAUGUCUUCUUCCUGCAGUGGUCUACUUGCAUCGUGUUCAUCUAUUGACUAAUUGCGUGAAAGUUUUGCAGACUUGUCAUAAAAAGGCAGCAUAUAAUGACUGACUGUAUGAAUGUGUGUCUAUAUUUGGGGAUGCAUAAACUUUCAAACUCAAAAACUUCUAAAUGGUUAGGGUUAGUACCAUCCAACGGCUUUAUGUUUGCAUUAAAUGGUCUUUUCACUGGGGUCAUCAACACCCCAUUUGGUCAAGCAAUUCAAAACACUCAACUACAGCUGUAAAGAGUGCUUUGUUUUAUGCACAUUGAGUUCUGGCAGUGACUCCCCACUCAGUUUACUCCAGUCAUUCCAUUCCACCAUGUUGCAUGUCUUUCUCUGCCAGUCCAAACAAGAUCCAUGCACCUUUCACCAUCUGCAAUAACUCACACCUUAACAACUGAGAGGGAGUCCCCUACUAGCUGGUGCUGGGAACAGAACUAGGAAUUAUCACAAUAAUAA